GGCUAAACUCAUGCAUCAGCAUCAUCUGUACAGAGGCCACCGCGCAAGCUCUUUCUCUGCAAUAGAUCUUAUUGAGCUCAACGAGCUACGAGCGCGGCAGAGAACGUUCGACGGUGCAUAUCGUCGGACUGCACUUGCAUGUCUUGGAUAUGCCUUGACUGUUCUCCGUCUCUUCGACGUCCGAUUUUACAAGAUCGGCAUUCUCUACCUCGUACUCGCUAUUCUCCUCUUCAUUCUUUCCUACGUCCGCGCUCGGCACUCCAGGCAUGAUUUUGCUGACAGGUCAUCGGAAAAGUUGAGUACGUUGUACAAGCAAGCCAUCCCAACCGUUGGCCAAGAAGACGCCCGAGAGUUUGGACGUCCUUUUGUCACUGCAGGUUUCGAUGUUGCUCUCAUCGCAGUAGUGGUGUUUGCAGUGGAGAUUGCAAUACUAGCGCUCAUCAUCGAGCUCUGAUCCCUCAGCUUACUAGCUCGCGAGUUCUAUCUAAGCACUCCAAAUGGCUAGGAGCCUAUCAGCAUUUCGGCGAUGCUGAGUACAAUUACCAGAAGGCGUCAGUAAACUUCCGUACUCGUAUUAGAAUUGCUCGAGGCUGCUCAAGACACUGAAAAUGUCGCAGACACAGCGAACAUGACAGGUAGUAAAUCUGUGCUCU